UGUUCAGUUUUUGACGUACUGGAGUUUUACUCGUUAUAUGCUUUGAUUAUUUUGCUCUGAUUUUUAUAUUAUGUGUUAUGGCUAAAGUGCACAUACCUCAAAAUGAAUGCAAAAAAAAAAGAAAUAAAAGGUGCAAAUUGAACCACUAAUCAACAUCACUUCUGUUUCGCUUUUGUGCAAUUGUUAAAAAUUUCAUAAUCACAACGCAAGUUCAUCAUUAUUAUUUUAGGAAAGCUAUGCGAUAUCCACAACAAUCAGUUUCCUAUGUGUACAUCUGCAAUAAAACAUCAAGGUGUUGUUAAAUAGAAUCUGGUGUUAAGAAUCCUAGGAUUGCUCAUUGAUGGCAUUUCAAAAAGUAUUGAUCAACAGUUUGCAUUGAGUGAUUCUAAUGAUUUAGACAGCAAAAUGGUGCAGAUACCAAAUACUUUCCAGUAUAACUUCUGGUCCAAGUCACCGACAGCAAAUAUUGAAAUAACAUGUUUCAUGCCAAACGGCGUGGUAAUACCAUGCCCUGAAAUCAGUCCUAAAGCAAGUUUGGCUGAAAUCAAAACAGAUAUCUGGGAGGAGGCAAGCAAAUAUCCAUUGCAUGGCACAUUAAGAUCUCAAUCGUCUUAUGUGUUUGUAUGCAUUAAUUCUAAUUCUGAAACUGAAGAGCUGAGAGAUGAAAGUAGACGCCUAUGUGAUAUAAAACCAUUCUGCUGUAUACUUAGACUGAUUGAAAAGCAGGAUAAUCAAAGUGAUAAGAUAUUAGACUCCCAAAUAGGUGUGCUUAUUGGUAAAGGUCUUAUUGAAUUUACCACCUUGAAAAAUUCAGAAAUCAAUGAUUUCCGUUGGAAAAUGAGAUUGCUUGCAGAUGAAGUUGCUUCUGAAAGACAAAAGAGAACAUGGGCUGAGAAGGUACAGUAUCAAUUUCCUACCAGAUUAGCUCCCUCGUCCAAUGUUCCGAAAAACAUAGAGUCUCGUUUGAAGGAUGAACACAUAGUAUUGGUUGUCAAAUUCGAAAACGCAGACACAUCAUACACAUUUUCAGUCAAGCAAGUGACAACGUCGAGUACUCUGGUCUUGCUUGCCUUGAACAAGCGAGCAAACACCUUGACGCGGAGGGACGAGCGGCCGAGAGAUUUCACCUUGAAGGUUUGCGGCCAGGACGAGUAUCUCAUUGGUGACGAGCCGCUGAUUCGCUACACUUAUAUUCGGGAAUGUAUUUCCAAAGAUAUAAACCCUACUCUCGUGGCCGUGAACAUAAGCAACAUUCCCGUUUACAAGGACCACGACUACGAGGAUCCGGACGCCGAAGCUGUGGGUCGCGCCAACAGGCCGUCGUUUUCCACACUAACGCUGCGCAAAAGAGGAAAAUAUGUUUACUCGCUGGAAGUUGAGCAACAACUCGUUGUAAACAUCACCUCGAUAUCGCGGCUUAACACCGAAGCCGCGGAUCGCACGGUCGAGGUCGUCGUCCAAAGCGGUCUGUUUCACGGAGGAAGGUCCCUCUGCGAGAGCAAAAAGACGAAAGAAAUAAAAGUCAACCCGGAUGGCUACUGCCAAUGGAACGAAGACUUCAUCUUCGACAUUAAAAUACGUGAUAUCCCGAAAAAUGCGCGACUCUGCUUUGUCCUUUACGAGGUUACCAAGUCUUCGUCCAAAGGAAUCAAGAGCCGCAAGAACCUCGGCAAACAGGAGGCCGUCAAUCCACUGUGCUGGGUGAACACGACCAUCUACGACUACAAGAGCCAGCUGAAGAGCGGAGGCCUGACCCUGUACAUGUGGGCCUACGCCGACGACAUUCAGAACGAUGACCUGCUGCAUCCACUUGGCACUGUUGUUUCGAAUCCCGACAUGGAUAGAGCGGCCGCUCUCCUGAUAGACUUCAAGACAUGCUCCAACUCUCACACUGUCCUCUAUCCGUCAGGCGAAAAGAUGGUCGAGUUUAGCAAAAAGCUGAGCGAGUCUCGGGAGAACUCGGCCGAGUUCGACCCGAGCAGCGUCUCCGAGGCCGAGCUGGAGCAACACAUCGAGCAGCUCCAGUUGCUUGCGGACCAGGACCCGCUGCACGAGCUCCACGAGCAGGAGCGGAAGACGAUUUGGUCCCUGAGGCAGCAGUGCAUCACGAAGGUGCCGACGAUACUGGCCAAGCUUCUGCAAUGCGUCGAGUGGAACGACCACAAGGAGGUCGCAGAGGCGACGUCGCUGGUACUGCGAUGGCCGAAGCUCGAGGUAGAGAGAGCCCUCGAGCUUCUGGAUUAUGCCUACCCCGAUCCCACGGUGCGCAGCUUUGCCGUCAAGUGCCUGAAAGACGUAAGCGACGACGAUCUCAGCCUGUUUCUACUGCAACUCGUUCAGGCUUUAAAGCAUGAGAACCACCUGUCGUGCGAGCUCUCGGAGUUUCUGCUACGUCGAGCUCUGAAUAACCAAAGGAUUGGCCAUUUCCUCUUCUGGCACUUGAAGUCGGAAAUGCACGUCGGUGCUGUGAACGUGCGCUUCGGCCUGAUGCUCGAGGCGUACUGUCGGGGCAGCCAGGAGCACAUGAGAAGCCUGGCGAAGCAGGUUGAGUGUCUGAGGAAGCUCGACAUAGUCAGCGACCAGAUAAAGUUGCGCAAAGACCGUAAAGCAGCCCAGCAACAAAUGGUAGAGUAUUUUAAGGAAGAUCACUGCCGAGAAGCCUUCACCAAUGUCACGAAUCCACUGAAUCCCAGCUUUAGGUGGUCCGGCAUAAGGAUGGAGAAGUGCAGAGUCAUGGACAGCAAGAUGCGACCCCUUCACCUUGUUUUCAAAAACGUUGACCCCUUUGGAGACGACAUUCAUCUGAUUUUCAAACAAGGUGACGAUCUGCGACAAGAUAUGCUGACUCUGCAAAUGCUUUGCAUAAUGGAGAAGCUGUGGCAGAAGGAGGAUCUGGAUUUCCGACUCAUUACUUACAGGUGCAUAUCGACGGACAAUAGAGUUGGCCUUAUAGAAGUCGUACUGAACGCCGAGACGAUAGCCAACAUACAGAAGGAGAAAAUGUUCUUCACUCCAACAGCUGCUUUCAAGAGGGGCUUGUUGCUAGCUUGGCUGAAGGAGUACAAUCACAGCGAGACCUCUUUGAAUAAGGCCAUCGAAGAAUUCACUCUGAGUUGUGCUGGAUACUGCGUCGCCACUUACGUGUUGGGUAUAGCCGACCGGCACUCGGAUAAUAUAAUGGUCAAGAGAACGGGCCAAUUAUUUCACAUUGAUUUUGGCCACAUACUCGGACACUUCAAAGAGAAAUUUGGUUUUCGCAGAGAAAGAGUGCCGUUCGUUCUGGUCAAUGAUUUUAUACACACGGUCACGAAAGGUCAGGGCAAGAAAGCGAACCUCUCGGAAUUCUACAGAUUCCAGAAUUCUUGUGAACAAGCUUUCCUAAUACUAAGGAGGCACGGCAGUUUAAUUCUCUCUUUGUUUGCAAUGAUGAUGUCGACAGGCCUGCCAGAGUUGUCGUCGGAGAAGGAUCUCAAUUACUUGAGAGAUACACUGGUUCUUGAAGCAUCCGAAGCUGAAGCUCAAAUGCAUUUUAGAAGUAAAUUUGAAGAUGCUCUGCGUAGUUCAUGGAAAACGUCUUUGAAUUGGGCAUCUCACAAUAUGUCCAAGAAUAACAAGGUGGCGUAAAAAAUAAUAAUUCUUCCUGUUUCCAUGUGCAACACAAGCAUAUAAGGUUUUCAAUUUUGUAUAAAGCAAUAUGAUGGACUUAUUUCAUGUAAAAUGAUACUAUUAGAUUUAAUUAUUAUUAAGUGUAAAAUAAUGAAUUUAAAGGAAUUGUGUAUUCCUGCGAUAUUUCUUACGACUGCGAUCAUUAAAAUCCAUAUCAUAGGUAAAAAAAAAAAUUUUUCAUAUACGUAUUUCUACUACGGUAGUUAAUUUUAUUAAAAUAUUUUUGUGUACUAUAUUGUUUCUGAUUCGAAAAUUGUGAUUGUUUUAGUGAAACUGUAGUAUUAGGAUGUAUAAAUAUAUAUUUAUUGAAAGUUUAUUAUAAGAGGGAAAUAAAUCAUUUUUUCCAAAUACGUAAUAUCAUGCAUGUUGUUCAUUUGUACAUAUUUUAAAAGUUACUAAUGGUUCAAAAUUUUCUAUGCCAAUUACAUAGUGUACGAUUUCAAAAAUAAAAUACAAUGUUUAUAUAUUCU